UGUAACAAUGCCAACAAGAUGGAAUCAUAGCUCAUUGACUUGCCAAAACUCUCUUCUUUCUCUCCCUCUCUGCUCUGCGCUGCACUGCUGCCGGAAGAACAUUGGCGGCGCGCCAGGCACCACCGUCCUGCUCCAGGUCCUCCUUUCCGUCUUCACUCGCUGCCAUCUUCUGUUGUGUUCUCUCAGCCUUCUGCCAAAGCCGCUGCUCGCCACUGCAAGCCGUCGCUGCUCGCCGCCGUUCCUCACCGCGGCUGCAAGCCACGGUCCCCUUUCUCUCUGGCUAAUUUUUGUCCUUUAGAUCCAGUGAGCUAGAUGGAAUCCACAAGUUCCAGAAUCAAUGAUCCAAACACUAAACCAUUUUCUAAGAGGCUUCUGUUUGAUCGCCGCUAUGGAUGGGUAAUUGAUGAAUGGAAAGACCCAUCGGAGGAAGCACUUGAUGGUGGCCGAGGAAUGUUUUGUGUAUUCCCACUCGUCAAAGCUUUGGUGCAGAAAGUCUCCCAAUCGAUCAAUCUUGCUGCAACGUCAGCCAUGAAAGUUUCUGAACAGCAACAGCUGUUUCCCCAUCAGAUGCUGCAGCAUGCGCUAGAUGAUGGUGUUCAUGAUUUAAUGUCAUCCUUAAAGAAUGCAGGUUACAAAGGUUUCAUCCUCAACAAUAAUUCACAGCCACGAGUUUCUAGUAACUCUACUCAGCAGGAUACAGCAAGCAAUGAAUGAUGGAGGCACAAAGCUCGCGUUAUUCCUAAACUGCUUUAUGAUAUGCAGGAUCUUAGUUGAAUUAUUCGUUUUAAAUUUAUAAUCCAUGAAUGAAAUCUAUAUAUUCAUGUACAUGGUUGUCCUACUUAUCAUUCCAAUACUUUUGUAACUUUGAAAUCAUGGUUGGGCAUUCACGUGAGCUAGUAAACCAAGUCCAUUCUCUGUUGGCGUUAUACA